CGUAGACAUUAUCGAACAUUUUUCUUCAUUCGGCUUUUGUCAUUCAUUGAAUGAGCACCGCUCGUUGAUCAAAUUCUUCUUUUUGUGAACUCAAAUAAAAAUGUGAUACCAGAUUAAUAUCAUCUGUUAGAGAACUUGUAGUGAAAAUUAAACAAAUUAAAAAUAAAAAAAUAGUAAAAAUUGUGUGAGAAAAAAGAAAACAAUUAAAAUUGAUGAAAAUUAAAACUGAAACUGUGAAAAUCAAUCAAAAAGCGAGCAAAAGUGACCGAUCAUUUAUGAAAACCUCACGGACAAAUAAACGUUGUUUGAAAUUCGUGAAAAUAUUUGGGCAGUAUUCGUCAAGAGAUCCACGUCUGAAGAGUCAAGUCACCAAAAAAUCCAUCAAUUGUGUUUAAGGCGUCGACUCUAGGCUGAGAAAAAAAAUUACUUUAAAAAUCCUUAAUUUCCUUUAAUUUGACUGCAAAUCCUCCCUUAACCAUGGUCAACAGCCUUCAAGUUCAGUCAAAGUUUGACAAAGAAGCCAAUGCCUCUGAAAAUGGUCAUUUUCGUGAUCAACUUGCUGAACUUAAAGAAAGUUUGUUAAAUCCAGUUGAAGUUAAGUUUCAAAUUCACGAGGAUUAUGACGAUGAGAAAAGCACAUUGCGGAGGUCAUCGUCUGACUGCUCAGAUAUUGAAUCGAUUUCGUCAUCCGUUUUGAGUCGUGACAAGCGAAAGAUUCCUGAUGGUGGCUACGGCUGGGUCAUUGUCUUUGCAUCUCUCAUGGUGUCUCUCAUCGCUGACGGCAUCUCCUUCUCCUUCGGUCUCAUCUACACUGAACUUCUCAACUACUUCCAAGAAGGACCAACUAAGACUGCAUGGAUCGGAUCACUUUUCCUUGCUGUUCCUCUCAUGUCUGGACCUGUCAUGUCGAAUCUUGUUGACAAGUAUGGAUGCAGGAAGAUGACAAUGAUUGGUGGAUUUGUUGGAUGUCUUGGCUUUGUGCUGUCUGCUUUUUCGAAUUCUGUUGAGAUGCUGUUCCUUACUUUUGGAAUUAUUUCUGGACUUGGACUUGGUGUUAUUUAUGUGACUGCUGUGGUGUCGAUUGCCUUUUGGUUUGAGACAAAAAGGACUUUUGCUAUUGGUAUUGGAGCUAGCGGCACUGGCAUCGGAACCUUUCUCUAUGCACCGUUCACACAAUGGCUGAUCAGCUACUAUGGCUGGAGAGGUGCAACUCUAAUUCUUGGUGGAACUUUGUUCAACUUUAGUGUCUUUGGUGCCUUAAUGAUCGACCCUGACUGGCUGAUUGAGGAAAACAAGAUUGAAAGUCGGUCGCAAAGCAUUCAAACAUUUUCAAACUCAAGCGUUGCUUUGGAUGAGAUCAAGAAGAUGAUUGUGACUGGAACUCCUAAGGAGGACCUUCUUGACACAUUAGUGACUAACCUGAAUACAGAAGCUAAUCAGCAGAUUGUAGAUCCUGAAAUUGUCAAAGCUAAAAAGUUCACAAGUGAAAUUUUACUUCCAACAUUUAUUUCAAAUCGUGGUGUUGAGUCUGAAGGAUAUAGAGGCAGGAAGUAUGGCAGUAAGAGAUCAUUAGGUCCUUAUUAUGAAGAAGCUGAGUAUGAAGACAUCAGAAAUGCAAUGAUUAAAGAAAAUCGUGUCAAAAUUGAGGAAAAUUUGAUGAAAAAUCCCGAAAAAGUUGUUGGAUUCGCUUCUAAGCCUGAAAUUCUUAUUUCUGAAGCAUCAAGUAUCCAAAAUGCAUCUGAUUCUCGUAUCGUCAUUGACAAUUCUCCUAACAAUCCUUCACAAGACCCAUCAGAUGAUGAAAUCACACCAAGAAGUGGAGUUCAUGGCAGUCGAUAUUCACUUAAUGAGAACAUCCUGAUUAAGCCUACAAUGCUUGAUUUAUUUAAGGAACCGCCAAGAAGAAGAAACACACUGGAUAUAACACAACAAAUUGAAGUUCCUGUCAUAUCCCCACCAUCUCCUUUGAUCAUAACUCUCAAAAAUGACAAUCCAUACAAAAAGCCAACGACAGUCCCGAAGACACCAACCAGAACAAGAACUGUAGCCAGACGACCAACACACUUUAAUCCUGUUGGAAAUUUAAAGAACUUUCAGUCACUCAAGUACAGCAACUACUUAAAGAACAUGAAGAUUCAUCGAAAUAUGAUGCAUCAUCGUGGUGCCUUACUUAAUACACAUCGAUAUAGAUUGAAGGCUUCGUCAUGUCCUAAUAUUUAUAGGAAUUCAAUGACAACGAUUGCAAAGGAGGAAGAGGACGUCUGGUACGAUGACUUCAUUGACAUAAUAAAGUCAAUUUUUGAUUUUUCACUAUUUUUGGAAUAUAAAUUCGGAAUGAUGUCCUUAUCAACGCUGUUCUUGUAUGUUUGGUACAUCAUCCCAUACUUCUACAUAACUGAGUUCCUCAUAAUCCAUGACUUUUCUGAGGAACAAAGUGCCUACUUGAUAUCUGUUAUUGGAAUUGGAAAUACAAUUGGAAUGAUUGGACUCGGAUGGGUUGGAGAUCAGCCAUGGUGUAAUGUCACAAAGACUUAUGGACUGUGCAUGUUUUUGUGCGGAAUUUCAAUGUUCCUGAUCCCACUGGCAACAUCGAGCUACGCAUUUCUGAUGGUUUUGUGUACACUUUUUGGGGUGACUUUUGGCAGUUCUUUCUCAUUUACUCCGAUGAUAACAAGCAGAUUGGUUGACAUGGAUGACUUUACGCUAGCUUAUGGAUUAAUUUUGUUAGUUCAAGGAAUUGGAUCGCUGAUUGGACCACCAUUGGCUGGUUUUAUUUAUGGCAUGACUGCUAGAUGGGACGACUCAUUUUACAUUGGGGGAGCAUUCGUGAUGUUGAGUGGAUUUUUAGGAUGUGUCAUCGGUUCGCUUACUGUUGAGACCGAUGAAGAUGAAGAAAGUAUCAAAAAUUGAAUGAGCUUAAUAUCUUUUAUUAUUACUAAAAUACACAGUAAAAUAAUUAACAAUAAAAUUUAA